AUGUCUGCACCCCACGCCAACGACCAGCCCACCGAGCAGCAGCCCCGCCGUGGCAGCCUUUCCCGCGGUCUGACGGACUUAUUCUCGUCCAGCCGUAGCACCACAGCCGCAGCCUACCCAGGGCCCAUUUCGUCCGCGGCCAAUAGCCGUCGCCGUAUGAGUAUUUCCUCAGGCAUCACUGGAACAUCUCCGCCACGGAUCCAGGCACAGAUGCCCAUUCGCCGGGGCUCAAUUGCAUCGGUAUCUUCUGCGGCGUCAUCGGUGGUCGACGAGAACGCCGUGGAGGACGAUGAGGGCCCGACCCAGCCGUUUGCGAGGAGGUUGAGCUUUGGGGCAAGAGCGUUGAGGGAUAUCAGGAUUCCAGGAGGGAGGGUGCCAACUGGUGCUGCUUCCCCGACGGUUGCAAGAGGGUUCUGGGGUGACAGCGGGAGGUCAAACUCGAUCAGCCAGGGAGAUGAGGCGGGCCAGCAGCGUAGACAGUCUAUCGCUACCAUGCCCGAGCCAGUAAAUACUAUGCCGAAGCGGAGCAAUACCGUGGAUCCGAUGCAGGAACGCAUGCUCAAGGGAGAUUUCUAUUUCGAUUAA